AUGCCAGCCCAGGCGUGGCAGGCUGGGACGGUGCGGGAUCGUGAUGAUGCUGCCACGCCGGUGGUGUCGAGGGCGGUCAUCGGUCUCGGGGGUGACACCAUGAACAUGAACAUGAACAUGAACAUGAACAUGAACAUGAACAUGAACGAAGUCGCCGGCGACCGCCCCGGAAGCCGACUGUCGGCCGAUUCCUGA